AUGUUACCCUUAACCUAGGGGGCUUCAUGAUUGCCUUCGCGACAGCUCGCCUUGUGGUUGAUGUUUGUAGUUGCAGGCCGCAACCUGCUGGUUAUACUGCUGUUGCAACACUCAUGUGACAAGUCGAUACUUGGCAUGUACGUAUCCCUAGUGGUAACCUAGGUCCUACACCAUGCAGCCUGCCGUUCCCUCUGGCUGGGAGUUUGUCGACAGCUCGACCCUCACGUACUUCAUUCCACUCGCUACCGAUUUCGACGCCGAGGAUGCUUUCCGAUCGCCACGAGACAAGGGGAAAGAGCUGCUAGAGACCAUACAACACCGCGAUACGCUAUUCUUCGAUGAAUCGGUCGACGUUUACCUGGCUUUGAGAACGCCUGCCGUCGAGGACGCCGUCUUGAGAUCCUCUCUGGGGAGGCUGGUCAUAUCACUUGAGGCCAAGAUUGUGAAUAGCAGCACUCCCGACCGUGACAGCAACCCAGCGUCCGAAGUCAUAUACCUUGGAACCGUCCAAGAAACCCAGCAUCCCGUCCUGAUAUCGCAAGACAAAUCAGCACAGGACGAUGGGUUCGUCUUCGCCGUAUGGAAGCUGCCAGUCUUCCUCAGCAGGCCGAGGAUAAGGUUGCAAGGACCUUCAGCCGUUUUCACAGCAAGCGCAAGCUUAAAGCCUGCGCAGCUGUCUCUUCCGAGUCAGCUAAAAGACGGCUACCUUCCCAGCGGCGUCGCAACUGGUCUCAAUCUGCUCGAGUCUUUCAGCAAUGAUCCUGCGCUCAACGGAGUCCAGCCACGACUAUCUGCCCUGCGCGUGUCCAGAGUUGCACCCUUGACUCAACAAGCCAAGGACAUGCUGCAGCCUAUCAAGUCAUCGGCCAAGCAGCUCGCUCUACGUAUAUUCCCGGCGGUGCAUUCCCGCAUAAGGUUUGCCCGUCCCAAUACUACGCCUCCCAGCCCGGCCAUCAUUGCGAUGCUUGAGGUCGACUUCACACCUUUCUUUGAGUGUGAGAUAGCACUUACAGCUGUCAGGAUGACUGUUCCGGAUGGUACGGUCCAAGACUUGAAUUCCCAGCCAGCAAUGAGCUUUCCCAUGUCGUGCGUCGCUCAUGAUCAUAUUACUUUUCUACAUCGCAUCACACCUGAGGCGGUCGAUACGCUGGCUAAGAAUCCUACACGUGAUCUGACUAUCCAGAUAGAGAUGACCGCACUAGAACAGCUCGGCGUCUGUACGCCAAAGCUGACCAUGGCCUGGACGACGUCUCUGGACUUUACCCUCCCGGUCAAUCCAGGCUUUGGCUCUGCCAUGCAACCUAUACAGCGCUCGCAUCGGCCAAGCCAAUUGUCGAUCAAUAGCAUAACUUCUCUCACUGCACCUGCCGUUCCCCCGGAUUCGCUUCCUUCUUUCGAGGCUAGCAACAAGACAGAAGCCACUGUCCAAGGUCUUGGUGUUACAGUUACAUUCACUGGGCCUCCGCCCUCCCAGAAGAUCUACCCAGGCGAUAUUUUUGUAUGGUCUGUCUUUGUCGUGAACCGCUUGCCAUCUACUUCUACAGCGGCACCGCGGAAACUGGCUCUUUUAGCGAUCCCAAAGCGGCGCCGCAACGAAUCACGUGUCAACAGGCCGCCUUCGGUUUCACACGCCCCCGCAGGAGCCCCAAAUAGCAAAUUGAAAUCAUCUCACAAGGACCGGGCAAUCGCUGAUGCUGUCUUGGACGACAAUGUUGUCCAUGCUAUGCAGCGCAGCAGUGUUGUUGACAGCACAGAAGUAGUGUCGUUGAGUGCCGACAUCCGUGUUGGCCCCUUGGCGCCAGGCUCUUGUCACAUAGCCGAGCUACGCUUUUUGGCGCUGAAGAGCGGCAUUGUUGGCAUCGAAGCAGUAAGAAUACUCGACUUGGGGAAUACAGAACAUGUAGACAUUCGUGAGCUACCUACUGUUUUUGUCGAGCAGCCAAAACAUAUUGCAGAUGGAAGCAAUGCGUCCGAUAUGGAAAGAAAUGAAGAGCGGCUUGUUGCUGCAACUGCCUGAAAUACAAAAGAACCAAGAUACCUUUACACUAAUGCAAUGUGGAUUUUUUAUCA